CACGUUACUAGUGGGCGUCAAAGGAAUGAAUCUACAGUUAUAAUGUCUUCUUCGUCAUUCUGAAAGUUACAGCGCUAAGGUAAAGGAACAAAAUGUAUGCACAAUAUUUUCUUUGGGCACUGUUAGGCUUAUGCUUUAUGAAUGGAGUGCUGACAGCUAUAGUACCGGGCCUGGAUGCUGCACGUAUGAAUGCUCUAAUGAGCCCACCUGGACAAGGUAACCCUUUAGCAGCAAAAGAUACCAUUGGUCAAUUCCCAGGACUAAGUAAUACUGUCUACUCUAGUUCAAGCUUUCCAGGCCAAAUGUCACCAGAUAAUGUUUUUUCCAGCUCCAACUUCCCAGGCCAAUUGCCCCCAGGAUACGUAUAUACAAGGAGAGUCAGAACAAGCAUGCCAAACAUCGCAUACCCUACAUACCCUACAUAUCCAACUGGGAGCUAUUACAGAAGAAGAACAUUUAAUAACAACCAAGGUCAGUUCCCGUGGAUGUGGUAUGCAAUGUCUGAGAUGUAAACCAAACAUGCUACGGAACGAUUACAAUUUUUCUGUUUGACAAAAUAACCUAACAAUCAUUUCUUUCUUUGCACUUUUAAUUAAUUUCUCCAGUAUCUAUAUAUAUAUAUAUAUAUCAGCAACUUAACUAACAUGCUCUGUGUUAUGAUUAA